GGUCCUUUUGGCGGAUCAAAAUUACCCUUUAUUUCGAAAAGCUCGAGUCCGCUUCAAAGGGGUAGUUUUGGAUGAUGUUACAUAUUGAAAGCGUUAUUAUUUGUCCGGUAAAUUGCCAUUGAUGUGAAAAAUUGUAAGUAUUUUGUGCAUUUAUUUUGUUUCCUUUGUGAAAUUCUAAUCAUUCGUGUUUUUAUUUCAGAACUGGCACUGUUCCGGAUGACAGUGACGAAAAUAUGCUGUUGUUUGAGAUCGGAUUCACGGCGGUGGAUGGUAAAUAAAAAAAAAAAAUGAAUGAAUUCAUACUUUUAUAGAUUUGUCUUUAAAUAAAUCAAAUUGAAUAUAAUAUUUUGUAGUGAUUUAUUUCCCGGCAAACAUAUUUCCCAUUGGAAGCUUCUGAAAUUUCCCCCAUACGAAAGCUUCUCAAAUAAGGGGUAAUUUUCAUCCGGUACGAGCGUUUGAAAUAAGGGGUAAUUUUAAUCCGCUACAAGCGUUAUCAAGCUGAGUACCCCUUAAAGGGUACAGUGGCUUUAUCCUUAAAAAGGAGUUCUCCCAGUCUUAAUGAAUAACGGGUCAAAAGUAUUCGUUAAGGGGUAGCCAAAAGUUAGCGUGCACGUUGUUAUUUUUAUAAUCGUCUCCGAAGUAGUUUUUAUUCAACCGCGAGUGUUCCUUCCUCCACCAUAUCACUUCAGCUAAGAGCUAGCGGACAGCUACCGUCUGCAACAAACAACGCCGCUGCUCGUUGCUGAACAUUGUCUAGCCCAGGCGGAGCGAUUGCACAAUUUGAAUGCUUUCGUCCGAGUUUGCGGCACUGAAGCCCGUCAACAGGCCCAACAAUCCACGGACCGGCUUAAUCGAGGCACAUCCUUAAGCGAUUUGGAUGGCGUUCCCAUAGCCGUGAAGGACAACUUUUGCACUGAUGGUAUCCACACGACUUGCGCUUCCCGAAUGCUUCAGGGAUUCGUACCCCGCUACAGUGCCACCGUAUAUCAGCGACUGGUCGAUCGGGGUGCUAUCCUUAUUGGCAAAACCAACAUGGACCAGUUUGGAAUGGGUUCAGGAACCGUCGAUUCUAUAUUUGGCCCAACAAAAAAUAACUGGAGCGAUCAAUUUAACGAUCACGGCUUUAGAAUUGCCGGGGGUAGUUCCGGUGGGUCGGCAGUAGCAGUGGCCUCUGGUAUCUGUUUUGCGGCGCUGGGUUCAGACACAGGUGGAUCAACUAGGAAUCCUGCAUCUUAUUGUGGAGUUGUUGGCUUCAAACCCACUUACGGAUUGCUCUCACGACACGGUUUGAUACCUCUAGUUAACUCAAUGGAUGUACCUGGUAUUUUAACUAGAAAUAUAGAGGAUUGUGUUACGAUGAUGAAUGCAGUUGCCGGGUCAGACGAGAAGGAUUCAACGACGGUCACAAAACCAUACGAUUGUCUGCAACUACCGGAAGCACAUGCUAUCUCACUAAAAGGACUUAAAGUUGGUAUUCCAGUUGAAUACCAUUGUGAGGGGCUAACUGAUGAAGUUCUUAAAACAUGGAAGAAGGUUGCUGACAUGUUGGAAGAAGGUGGAGCUACCGUUAAGAAUGUUUCCUUGCCGUAUACUUCGGCUUCAAUUUUCGUUUACUCGAUUCUGAAUCAAUGCGAAGUGGCUAGCAAUAUGGCUCGCUAUGACGGAAUCGAAUACGGCCAUCGGUCUGAUGAAAAUGCUAGUACCGAACAACUGUAUGCCAAAACACGAGCCGAGGGAUUCAACGGAGUUGUUAAAAAUCGCAUCUUGGGCGGCAACUUCUUUUUAUUGCGCAAAAACUACAAGAAAUAUUUCCAAAAAGCCCUUCAAGUCCGACGAUUGCUUGCUGAAGAUUUUGAGCGUGCAUUCCGUGUAGUAGACAUUUUACUGACUCCCACAACCUUGAGUGAAGCUCCGACGUUCGAAGAAUUUUGUCAGAGUAAUAAUCGAGACCAGUGCGCUGUGCAGGAUUUUUGUACCCAACCGGCCAAUAUGGGUGGCAUUCCAGCACUGUCCCUACCGAUUCGGCUAUCGAAACGAGGUCUCCCAAUAAGUUUGCAGCUAAUGGGACCCAGUUUCUCAGAGCAGCAACUCUUUCAGGUAGCGCGUUGGAUAGAAAAAGAAGUUGGAUUUGUUGGAAAAGUAUGAUUUUAAUAUAAAAUUUAUAUUAUAAAUAUAAUAAACAAAUAGAGUUGGACUGUUUAGUUUGUUGAA